AUGACUGGAAUUAUUACUAUGCAAAGAUUAUCAAGAAAUAUUGAUUUUAAUAAAUCUGAUAUGAUGAAUACUACUUAUAAUCAAUUGAUAUGUGAACAAAUAUAUAAAGAAAAUAUGAGAUUACAGGAUAAAACAUUGUUAUACUGUCCACCAUAUCAUGAUGGAGCAACAUGUUGGCCACCAAUAUUAGCAGGAACUAAAGCUCAAAUGCCAUGUCCAUCAAGCUAUGAAGGUCAAAUGUACAAUCCAAAUGAAAAUGCAAGUAAAGAAUGUUUAGAGAAUGGAAAUUGGUCUUCUAAAUCAAAUUACAUACCAUGUCUUCUAACCAGGGAUUCAUCUACUUUGGACUUAACUAUGGUAUUACGUUGUAUAUUUCUUACUGGAUAUUCCUUAUCUUGUGCAUGUUUAUGUUUGGCUCUUAUAAUUUUCUAUAUUUUCAAAUCUUUAAAAUGUAUGCGUAAUACAAUUCAUUCCCAUUUAUUCGUAGCCCUUAUGAUUAAAGCAUGUGCAUGGUCUAUUUCAUACAUCUUUGUUGAAUUCACUGAUAUUAAUCAAUUCAAAGAUGAUACAAAGUUGACAAUCAAUAAUUUAUUAAAUAUUACAAUAUCAUUACAAGCAUUUGGUUCAUUGGCUAUAUUUGUUUGGAUGUUUAUUGAAGGUUUAUAUUUAUGCCUUAUUGUAUAUUAUGCAUUUUGGGUGGAAAAAAUGAAAUUUUGGCCAUAUGCAUUAUUAGGAUGGGGUUUACCCACAAUACUUAUUACCAUUCGUACAAUAAUGAAUUACAUCCGACAUCCAACAGAAUUUUGGCUUUUCUAUGGAACUGAUGUAUAUCUAAUAACAAUACCAGCAUUAAUUCUAUUGGGUUUAAAUGUUAUAUUCUUAAUUAUUAUCUUAUAUGCAUUAAAUGAUAAAUUACGUAAACGUGAUAUUACCACCAAUAUUGAUGCCAAUAUCCAUAGCAACAACAACAACAACAAUAAUAAUAAUGACGUAACUUACGAUACUGAAUUCCAAAAACAAAAUCAUCCAAUCUCUCCUAAUGAUCCUUAUGAAAAUUAUUCAAAUAUAGUCAACUAUACUACUAAUAUACAACCAUUAGUAACUAUAACAAAUCAUCGAACCAAUUUUAUAUCAUUAUCAAAUAAACAAAAUAAUUAUUAUUGUAAUUCAUUGAAACAACGUAAAUUUUUAUCAUUUCAUAUAAAAUCUAAAUCAAAUUUAAAUCAAGAUACUACUAAUAAUGAUAAGAAUGAACAAAAUAUAAGUAGUAUAAUCCCUACUAACAAUGUAUCUUUAGAUAUGAAUCAAGAUACUACUUAUAAUAAUGAUGAACAGAAUAAUAGUAGUAUAACCAAUACUAACAAUAUAUUUUUAGAUAUGAAUCAAGAUACUACUAAUAAGGAGAAUGAAUUGAAUAAUAGUAGUAUAAUCCCUACUAACAAUUUAUCUUUAGAUAUGAAUCAAAAUACUACUAAUAAGAAGAAUGAACAGAAUAAUAGUAGUAUAAUCAAUACUAAUAAUAAUAAUCUAACUAAAAUAAAUGGUUCAUAUAUAACACAAUAUAAAAGACGUUUUCAAUCAUUACCUAAUACAAAUUUAUCAUUAUUAACAGAUUUAUCAAAUGAUGAUCAACAUAGAUUUUUUCAUAAAUUUAGCCGUAAUACAUCAUAUAGAUCAUCACAAAUAAGUGAUAUAUCAAGAUUUGAAUUACCAGGUACUACACGAGUACGUUUAGCUAAAUUAAUUGGUCGGAUAAGUGGACGGGAAUUUGUAAAAACAGUUAAAGCUAGUUUAACUUUAAUGCCAUUACUUGGGAUACCGGAGAUUAUUUUCAUUACACCUUAUCAUCCCUAUUUAAAACCAGGAUUUGAUAUUAUUAAUGCAUUUCUUACUUCAACUCAAGGAAUAUGGGUUACUUUACUCUAUUGUUUCCUAACAAAAGAGGUAAGAAGACAAUUCAGGAAACAAUUGAAAACACGUACAUUACGUACUAGUCUUCAUCCACAUCGAAGGUCUGCUCGUAUGAAUAAACGUCAAUCAUCAUAA